CCGCAUUACCGUCUACUUAGUCCCCAGCGGCCGACCCCGACUUUCCGUCACCGUUUCUACGCCACUGUCAAACACGACAUUGCUGCCCUCGGAACCGGUCCUUGCAACCACCACCCACGCCUUUCCAGCUGUGUUCUGCCCUCUCUUCCUCCACCAUGGUUGUCGCGACAAUCAAGUGCGUCGUCGUCGGCGACGGUGCGGUCGGAAAGACAUGUCUUCUCAUCAGCUACACCACGAACAAGUUCCCCUCAGAAUAUGUUCCUACCGUCUUCGACAACUACGCCGUGACCGUCAUGAUUGGUGACGAGCCCUAUACACUUGGUCUAUUCGACACUGCCGGACAGGAGGAUUAUGACCGUCUCCGACCCUUGUCCUACCCCCAGACAGACGUCUUCCUCGUCUGUUUCUCCGUCACCUCACCCGCUUCUUUCGAGAACGUCCGCGAGAAAUGGUUUCCCGAAGUGCACCACCACUGCCCCGGCGUGCCGUGUCUCAUUGUAGGCACACAGGUAGAUCUGCGGGAGGAUGCGUCAGUAAAAGAUAAACUGUCCAAGCAGAGAAUGGCUCCUGUGAAGAAGGAGGACGGCGAGCGAAUGGCGCGCGAGCUUGGUGCUGUCAAGUACGUAGAGUGCUCGGCGCUAACUCAGUUCAAGCUUAAGGAUGUCUUUGAUGAGGCAAUCGUAGCAGCACUCGAGCCACCGGCGACAAAGAAAGAGGGCGGAGAAAGAAAGAAGGGGAAGAAGUGCAGCAUACUUUGAACAUGGGUGAAGGCGAUAGUUGAGCUCAACCGCAUGCUAGGGAGCGUUGGAUUGCAGAUCUUUCUUGAUUAGGCGAUGAAUCUUUUGGAUACCUCU